AUGUCGUCCUUCAACUACGACCGCUACGACCGCCGCCAGAACAACUCGCGCAACCGCGGCGCCCUCGGCUUCUACGUUCCUCUGAUCCUCACCGUCACCGUCGCAACCGCCGGUCUCGCAGCCUGGGUCUGGAGUGCGCGCGAGGACAGCCGUGACUACUCGUCCGAUGACGAUCUUUCCUAUGGCGAAGAUUCAGCACAUGAGAAGCGACAGGGCAGGGCGCCUGCAGCACGCGAUGUCUCUGGGUUCCCUGUAGGGGAAGGGGGCGGUGAGGGCUAUGGCUACGGCGAUGGCACGCUGCUUGGCCGUGCACAAGGCGUCAUCCGUCGCACACCAUCCCCGCAGCAGCUUUUCGAUACCGUGAGCAAGAAGACAGCAGCAGGUUGGGCCGCGGCAGGUGCUGCAGCUGGUGCGGCGCUUGCUUCCAUCCGCGAGGAAGACAAGGACGAAGCUUUUGGCGACCACUCUCGAUGGAACGAGGAGGCCACAAUUAGAAGGAAUGUCGAGGCGCAGAGCCGGGAUAGCAAUGCCGCAGUCGAUGUGCAGGCACGAAGCUUCGCGGAGAGCGUGCGGAAGGCUGAAGGCAGAGGCCAGGGCUACGGAGGAAGAAGGAAGACGGUAGUCUUGGUCGUCAGCGCAGAAAGCCUGGACCGGUUGGACGAUGACGAGGGCUCGUACCGCGAAGAAAACGCUACCAUCCUCUCCCACCUUCCCGACACCGACUUCUCGCGAACCAAGCUCUUCGUCCUCAUCUACUCCCCAUCGCUGCGCUCGCGCCCACAAUCCCGCGCCAACUCCCGCACUGGCUCGUCUUCGCUCGGUGACUCAUACUCUGCUAUCAGCACACCGGCACGCACACCAGGCGAGGAGCUGUCGUCCGUUGAACCUGUCAUCUACACACCCGCACCCAGCACCAGGGGCUCUGACAACUCGCUGUGGAACACACUCCACUCCCAGGCCCUCCGCCUCGUCGAGGACCCAGCCAUGGUCAUGCCGUUCAACACCACCACCGGCUUCGUGCACAUGCUCAGGCAUCUCGGACCAGAGCUUGUCUACGUGGUCGAUGCAUUGAGCGGCGUGAACGGUCAGAACAUCGAUGACAUUAGGAAGUGGGUUGGCCAGACCAUUGUCGUUGUUGGCGGUGAUGGCACAGGCCUUGGUGGGCUCGUUGACACAGACGACGAGGGCCCCAUGCGCAAGGGCAAGGAGAGUGAGCACACUGUUAGGUGGUGGCAGGUUCGCAAUGACAUGAUCGGGCUGGGUAAGGGCGUCGAGGUGGUGGAUGCCUCUAGGCUUGAAGACGACUACGAAAGGAGGGUCGGUGGACGCGAGUAG